AAUCUUUGUUAUGUUCAUCUCUGUCCCCAGUGCCUAGGUGAGCAAUCUAGCAUCCUAACCCUUGGUAAAUAUUUAUUGAAUGAAUGAAUUUGUAAACUGAUUUCCAACAACACUGAGUUACAUUGUGUGCCCCAAGCUGUCUGACUCAGAUCAUACUGUUCACUUUGCCUGGAUCUCCCUCCUUUCCAGUUUUGCCUGGUAAAAAUACCUCUACCCAUUGAGACCCAGAUCAAAAGCUACUUUCCUUUUAUAACUGUUCACUUAACAGAUCUUCUGUUACAGAUUUGUAGUCUCAUAUUACCUUUCUUUGGGACGACCAACUCUUAUUCCUCCUCUGUUAGCAUUUGCAUAGCUAGAAAAUUUGGGUUAAUUUUAUUACCGAUGGCACUUUCAAAAGCUUAAUUAGGCAGAAAACCAUCCUAGAGUGCUGAUAUCUUUGGAGUUAAGGUAAAAUAAACUUCAGAAAUGCUAUCAUUUUUUAAAAAUUCUAGCUUUAAUAUAACCUACAUAUGGUGAAAUGCUAAUUGUACCAUUUAGUUUUGACAAACGUAUAGCAAGACAUUUUUAUCACUCCAGAAUGUUCCUCUCUAAUCACCUGCUGAGCUAUCACCAUUGGUUUGUUUUGCCUGUUCUAUAAUUUUAUAUAAAUCAGAUAAUACAGUGUAUACUUUUUUGUUUGGCUUGUCCACUUAGUGUAGUAUUUUUAUAUUCUUCCAUGUUGUAUCAGUAGAUCAUCCCUUUUUGUGAAUAGUACUGCUCUGUAUGAAUGUACCACAGCUUAUUUAUCCAUUCUCCUAUUAUGAUGGACUCCCCAUCAGCAGUGUAUGAGAGUUCAUUUGCACCACAUCCUCUGCAGCCUUUAAUGUUCACAGUCUUUUUAAUUUUAGCUAUACUGGUGGCUGUAUAGUAGUAGUAUUUCGUUGCAGUUUUGAGUUUCACUGGUAAGUAAUAAUGUUGAGCACUUUUUAAUGUGUUCAUUCAAUUCUUCUGCCCAACUUUAAUUGGAUUUUUUUUUUUAUUGACACACAGGAAUUUUUAAAUUUACUCUAGAUGCAAAUCCAUUGUCAGAUAUGCGUUGUGAAUAUUUUUUUCCAGUUCGUGGCUUGACUUCAUUUUUUUCAUUUUUCUUUUUGGUUUUUGAGGGUUUUUCUUUUUUUUUUUUUUUUUUUUUUUUGGUUUGUUUUUGAGACAAUGUCUUACUCUUGCUCAGGCUGGAAUGCAGUGGAACCAUCAUGGCCUGCUGCAGCCUUAACCUCCUCGGGCUCAGGUGAUUCUCCCAUCUCAGCCUCCCAAAUACCUGGGACUACAGGUAUGCACCACCAUGCCCCGCUAAUUUUUCUAUUUUUUAUAGAAACGGGGUUUCACCACCAUAUUGCCCAGGCUGGUCUCAGACUCUUGGGUUCAAACAGUUGGCUUGCCUUGGCCUCCCAAAGUGCUGAGAUUAUACGUGUGAGCCACAGUGCCCAGCUAUGGUAUUUGAUAAACAGAAGUUUUGUUUUGGAGAAAUCCAGUUUAUCAAGUUUUUCAUUUACAAUUUGUGCUUUUUGCAUCUUUUCUGAGAUUUUUGUUUUGUUUUGUUUUGUUUUUUGAGACAGAGUCUUGCUCUGUGGCCCAGGCUGGAGUGCCUGGCUGGUCACAAAUUCCUAACCUCAAGUGAUCUCCCUCCCAAAGUGCUGCGAUUGCAGGUGUGAGCCACUGCACCUGGCCGCUGAGAAGUCUUUGCCUACAGUGAGGGAAACUACUAAAGUUCCUGGGGAAGCAAAGUAGAAUUUCAUAAGAACAAAAUGGAUGGAGAGGAGAAAACCUAUGGUGGCUGUGAAGGCCCUGAUGCCAUGUAUGUCAAAUUGAUAUCAUCUGAUGGCCAUGAAUUUAUUGUAAAAAGAGAACAUGCAUUAACAUCAGGCACGAUAAAAGCCAUGUUGAGUGGCCCAGGUCAGUUUGCUGAGAACGAAACCAAUGAGGUCAAUUUUAGAGAGAUACCUUCACAUGUGCUAUCGAAAGUAUGCAUGUAUUUUACGUACAAGGUUCGCUACACUAACAGCUCCACCGAGAUUCCUGAAUUCCCAAUUGCACCUGAAAUUGCACUGGAACUGCUGAUGGCUGCGAACUUCCUAGAUUGUUAAAUAAAAUAAAUUAUAAUAAACUGUUAACUCUUUUCAGUAUUUAAUACCUGUAGUUCAGUUAGUAACUUUUUCAUAUAUAGCAUGUUGCCUGUAUGCAGUUGAACUAUAUAAAGUUCAUUGCAAAGCAGAUUAUCUUCUGUUUUUUUGCAUAGCAAUCAAAGUUGAAAUUUGUUUGCUACAUCAACAAAUUAAGGACAUUUUCACAAACUGAGAAAUAAACAAAUAUGCCAAUUCGUAGGUGGUUUUGCCUUAUCCUUUGAAUGUGACUUAAAAUCAGCAAUGAUGAUAUAGUAAAUACUGAAAUUUAGGCGUAAAUGAAUACGUUCUACAGGGAAAUAAUGAGGCUAAGUAUUUUUAUGUUUUUAGUGGUUUUUUAGAAACCUAAUCUUAUAGCCGCCAUUAGCAUUACUAGAGUUAUGCAAAUAAUUGCAUUAUAAACAUGUUUAUAACUUAGCCAAAACAUUGAUUUUUAUAACUCCAAGUAUGAGUUGAAAUUUCUUAUGUCUUUUGAUAAACUGCCGUAUUCUUUAAGUGUACUUUGUCCUUUUGUUUAUUGCUACAAUUUAAGAACUUUAUUUAAAAACAAUUUUGGAAGGUUACUAGGUACAGCUUUUGCAGAAGAAACUUAACUGUAGCCAGAUGGUCAACAAGUAAACUACAUGACUUAGAGUUCUUGUGCAUUAUACAUUUUGGGUAAUUCAAAGUACUGUAUUUGCAUUGACUAUAAAGCGUCGUUUGCAAUAUUUAUUCUUCCUUCAUAGUCCCUUGUUGUGAUUAUACUUCCAGUUGUUUAAAUGUGUUUUAAAAGACUCACUAUUAACUUUAUUCAGAUCUUAAAAGCUACACCUUUCUGAACUAUUCCAGUCUUUCUCCAUCCAAUUAGAAUGUUAUGGAAUAACAUGUGAAGAGAUAUAGUGAAAAUCUUAGAAUGCAUUGAAGAUAUCCUACAUGAAUUAUCUUCUAUUAAAAUAUGUCCCAAUAAAUAUACCCAUAAUCAGUGGGUCUUCUACUGAAA